CAACGUUGAGUGAGAUUGUUGGAGGCAGUCGCACAUACAUGUGUCACGCGUGUUGAAUACUAUAUCAUUUUGCCCAAAAAAAAAACCAAACGUACAGACACAAUUUCAAUGUGUUUUCGCUUUUCGUGAAUAUUGUUUUUAGACGAAUCGUCGAUUACAUUGACCGAAUAAAUAGAAGAAGCGACCGUAGAAAAGUUCACAUCAAUUUUUAGCAGUUCGGUUUUGAACGUGCAUCGGAGUUAUUGUGUCGCAAAUCUAGUUUCGCGUAUAAAUAAAAUUUCUAUGGAUUUUUCAUCGAAGCAGUGAAACGUGAUAAUGAGCAACAAUCAUUUAUGAAGCAAACGUGCGAUAUUGACCUAAUGAGCUUUUUGUUAGCGGAAAAAAAUAAAACGUGAAUUUUAAUAAUUAUCUACGAAAAUUAUGUGUGACCAUUAACAAAUUCGAGACAAUUAUUGUAAGCGUUUAGUGUGCUAAUUGCGUUCUGUAUUUUUUUCGAGACAUUUGUAACAUGUGCAAAUAAGCAUCGAGUUAAAUCAAGCGAGAGAAAAAGAUUCAGGAAGCAUUUCAAAGACGAAAUCAAUAAGCAGCCAUUUACUCAAAGACCAAAACAAAGAGGACGUUUUUCGCAUAUUUUUCUUGCCAAUAAACUACGCAACACGAAUUGGUUGGAGUUUUUUCUCCUACGAGAUUGUCGUCAUCGACGGAAGACUGUAAAAGCAGCAGCUCAUCGUUGUAGUUGUAUGUACAUAUGUUUUGUGUUUCUUUCAUUCAUUGAAACGAAGUGCGGUGAAAAGGGAAAUAAACGCAACGGGCAAACAAUAAACAAAUCGAAAAGACAGGCGCAAAUGCGUUAGUGUGAGAAAGAGUCAAACAAAGAGGAAGCAAGAGUCGACACAUUGUGCAAACGUGAGCAUGUGUUGAGGCACAAGGAUAAAGGAGGUACAGAUAGAAAAAGGAUAUCCACACAUACACACGCUGCAUUGAAAUUGUAUGCCUGUGUGCGUGAGUGCCAUUGUAUGCGUUAGCCACGGAUCUUUGUACGUGGAGAAAAUCGAUAUAUAUAUAUAUUGAGAAUUGAUAUCCGUGAUUAUUACAAAGACAAUCGGAGCUGUCAUUUGAAAUGGCCGAGAAAAACGGAAUCGUUGCCGAUCCCAUAUCGUCCGAUGGAAGCGAAGAAUCGUGGAUUUUGCUCGACGAAAUGGAUGAAGCGAUGAACGAAGAGUUCAACACGACGCCAGCGGAAAGAGAAAGUAAAAUUGCUGACGAUUCAGCUGACCAAACCACUUCAACUGAAACGUUAACCCAGUCGAAUCACGUUGAAGUGGCUGAAGAGGAAAUUCCCACAAUCGUGACGGAAGAGAUUGUGGAUGAUGCAUCAAACUUGGAGCCGAUCUCAUCGGAAGCAUUUCAAUCGAAUGACGAAGAUGAAGAGGAGGAUGUCGACGACGGUACUGCACAUUUACGCAGUGUUCUUGAAAAGGGCAACACAUACGAUGAUGUGAAUGAUGAUUCUACAACGGACGGCAGCAUCUCAAUACUUGGUGACCAUGAGAUCAAUCAAGGCCGUUUCGAAGCAGAUGAUUUAUCUAUAAAUACACCAUCGCCGCAGCCAUUGCAAAUGUGGAUGCGAUGCAGUCCAAUCGAUAUGACCAUCUGUGCAAAACGGCCGUUUGAAGCAAGACCACGUGCGAUGAACCGAUGUCAGCAACCGACAUCGGUUGAAGAGCUUGGAUUACCGCAGCAGAAUAUCGUCGAAGAUAUUCUACAAUAUUUGGAGCGACUCAACAACUUUUUGUCCAGCAUCUAUCUAUUGCAAGUGCUUUUACUCUUCUUAACCGCUGGUUCGGUGGCAAUUUUAGCCAUUAUCUACUCACGGUAUUCGGCUUGCAAGCUUGAAGUCAAAGAUCUGGAGCAAAAAUUGUACAGUGCAAAGAUGGACAAGUAUCAAAUUGAAGGGAAUUUGGCCCGAUGCGAAUAUCUCUACGAAAUGGAAUUAGGAAAAUCAACAAACAGCAACGUUGAAUUUAAACCGGAACGAGACAGUAUUGAUAAUAAUAUGCCUGCAGUGCAUAGUGAAGCAAAUUGUCAAUUGAAUGGACCAAGUUGUGAUUGUGUGAUUCAACCCACUAGAUUAUCGGACGAAUAUGUGGACGAAAUCAACGAAGAUGCACCAAUGGAUUAUGGUAAAACCGUUUGGACUGGUGCCGGAGACGAAGUACUAGCAACAAAACAACCAUUCAAAUCCAAAGAACAUUUUCUAUCUGAAUGUGAUGACGCGAAUAGCCUCUUUUCCGAAUAUAAUCGUGAAUAUUGUGAAAAUCGAAAGAAUCGUGCCCGUGGCGAACCGAAACUCACCUCAACCGAGGAUGAUGGACAAUCGUUUAUUGUUGAGUACAGACAGGGUGUCGAUGAGAUCAAGCCAAUUCUUCAAGACAUUGUCGAUGAACCAAUAUUAAUUCAGCCACCAGUUGAUGACAGCUUUCGUACCAAAACGAAAGGUAAUCAUGCAAAAGGCCGUAGAGACCAUAAGAAAUUGGAAAAAACCAACGGGAAAUCGGAUAAAACUCAAAACUUCGAUCACAGUUUGAUUAUAGUAGAUAAAUUCGAUGAAUUCUCAUCCAAAGAACAUGUCGAUCGUAAUGAGCGAAAAGAACGCCGUGAUAAGAAAAUCUAUAAGGAAAAGAACAGUGAUAAAGAGAAGAAACGAAAAAAUGAUCGCAAAUAUACCAAGAAAUACCACCAAGACAAAGACCAAGGCAAAUUGAAUAAUAAUAGAAAUGAACGCAAACGUGAUAUGGUCAAAGUCUACGAUCAUCAACAUGACGAUUAAUACAACUCGAUCAACACAAUCCGUUGAGCUAAGAAUAUUUUAAACAAUUAAUUUAAAUUCAGCUACUUAUUAGUGAUUUUUAGUCCAUCUUUCGUUUAGACUAUAUAUACGUAUAACAUUUAUUUAAAAUGAUCCCAUUUUAAUUAAUUAGCAAAGAAGAGGAAUCUGUUUACAUUAGAAACGAGUCUUGAUGUAUAUCUUUAUGUGAAUGGCAAACCACAUACACUUGCAUUGAUUGGAGUCUAUAAGUCGCGUAUUGCUAUCUAUGUACUAUAUUUCUGUUUUUACUUCAGAAUUGGGAACAUGCCUACAUGGAAAUCGAGAUUAUUUUGCUGAUAAUGAAAAGCUAUCUGAGGAAUACACCACAUUUUGGGACAUUUCAAGUCGUUUGUUCACGCACUACUCCAUCUCAGAGAAAAAUUUGUAAAUUUAUUGAAAAUGUAAAUAUGAAGAACAAAACUGCUAAUCUAAAAAAAAAAAUUAAAAAACACUCAGGAGCAAAUAAAAAGGACAAAAAAAGUUGAAAUAUGUUGUAAUUUCACACCGUGAACAGAAAAAAAAACAAUUUUAUACAUGUUGGAGAUAGAGUAAAGUCCCUUUGACAUCAAUUUACAAAAAGAUAAAAAGCAAUCGGCAAAAUGUGUUCAAUAUCACCAAAAUCCUUAUAUGAUCGGAUCACUUGAUCUGACACUUCCCAAACCAAAACUUUGACACUAUCGAUGUUUUCACAAUUUCAAGCUAAAUAAAGAGAAAUGUUUCGUUUUGAAUUCACAAAAUUAUUUGCUGUUGAAAUUUAUAUCAAUGAAGUGAGUUUGCUUCCAUCAUAUUUUUGGCUUUUUGGUUUUUUUUAUUGGAUUUGUGAUGUGAACCGUGAAGUUUAAAUACAUUGUAGAUUUGAUGAAACAAAUUUUAAUAACUCUGUAUUGAUAUAGCAAUAGAAAAAUCUGAAAACCGAUUAAAAAAAAUUGAACAAAAAAAAUGUGUGAAAAAAAUUAAA